AUGUCGACCAACUCGUGGCUCGAGAGCGCGGACCUCGUCACCAAGUACCAAGCGCUCAACGGGCUUAAUGCGACGACAGCGACCAGUAUCGGCGCCGCCCCCACCAAGCCCGACGCGGCCGUCAUCGUGCGUCUCACCAAGAUGAACUUGGUCUGGGAUGACCUCCCGCCGCUCGCCAAACUCGCCAUUCUCUGGGACAUGGGGUUUGUCCAGAACAACCCAACCGUCGACGUAAACGCGCUCAGCCGCAUCUACACGCGCUGCGUCGGCUCGGUCGGCGCGUCCAUGGCCAGCAUCGCGCUCCCCAAAACCGACUUUUUGGCCUCCCAGAGCGACGCGACGACGCGGCCGUGCGACUCGGCGACAACUGGCGUCUACCUCCGGCAAGAAAACUCGAACGGCGGCCGCCUACGUCCGUACACGCGGUGCGCCACGGCCAACGUCACGAUGGGCAACAUCAAGGACAGCCAUAGCAGCAUGUGGGCGCAGGACGGCCAAGGCCUCAGCACGUACCCACUGCCCAAUUUGCAGCGCCACGCCUGGAACGACAAGGAGUUUUGGCUCAUCUUUUCCAUCCACACGCAAGAGCUGGCGACCGAGCCGCAGUGGGGCACGUGUCCAGACAAGACGAUGACGCCCGGCGGCGCGACGUUUCCGUGCCAAGUGUUUGAUGGCAGCGUGCCGCCGCAAGGCUGGUGCGUGCCCUCCAACUCGCAGGCCAUGGACGCGUGGCUGAAAACGAUUGCAAAUCAAAAGAUUAGCGCGACGCCUCUACCGUCGUCCAAUACGCCCGCCGCGUCGUCGUCAACGACGCCGGCAUCUACCGGUCUCUCGACGAUUGCGAUCCUCGGUAUCGGUAUCGGAGCUGGGGUGCUUCUUGCCCUUGGCAUUUGGUGUUGUGUCGCGCGCCGGCGCAGACAAGCCACGCCCGAUGCGCCUGGCUACGUCGAGUUGCGCCCGAGAGACGGUCGGUACUCGGUGACCACCUCGACGCAGCCGACGCAGACCCGGACCGGGUCGUACCAGCCGAUCACAACCGCCUCGCACACGCUCAAUGAGUUUCAGCGCGACCCGUCGCUGAGUCAGAAGCGGCUACCGUACUCGUCCGUUGUCUGCUCUCGGCUUCUCUCGAAAGGCGCGUUUGGCGAGGUCUGGCUCGGCUCGUUCAACGGCCAAGUCGUCGCCGUCAAGCGCCUUCUCGACUCGAAGCGGACGUCCGAAGCCGAGAUUGAGGCGUUCGCUGACGAAAUUCGGCUCAUGGCGUCCUUUACCCACCCCAACAUUGUGCGUUUUGUUGGCUUUGCGUGGGACUCGCUCCAGAACCUCUGCGCGGUCACCGAGUACAUGCCCCAAGGCGACCUCCACACGUAUCUGCAGUCGCACUUGCAGCUCCAGUGGCGGCGCCACGAAAAGAUCAAGAUCGCGCUUGGCAUCGCCCACGCCCUUGCCUACCUGCACAGCCUCUCGCCCACCAUCAUCCACCGCGACCUCAAGAGCAAGAACGUACUCAUGGCCGCGGGCUGCGAGGCCAAAUUGAGCGACUUUGGCAUCUCGCGCGAGCGCACGCUGGACGAGACGAUGACGGCGGGCGUCGGCACGAUCUUUUGGACGGCGCCCGAGGUGCUCUUGGGCGAGCACUACUCGGAGAUGGCCGACAUUUACUCGUUUGGCGUCGUGCUCUGCGAGAUGGACACGCACGGGCCACCAUUAGCAGACUGCAAAGGCCUUCCGCAAGCCACCAUGAUCCACCGCAUCACGAACGAAGGCCUUCGACCGUCUCUGACACCGACGUGUCCGCAGCACGUGCAAGCACUUGCCGCUCGGUGCAUGGCCCGGGACCCAAAGAACCGACCAGCGUCGUACGAGCUGAUUGCGAUCUUGCAGCGUUGGAGCGAGUCGAGUCUGUCCUUGCCGCAACCGCACUCGGGCGAAAUCGUCUUGUAGAGUUAGAGACGAGUGGCUGCAACUACAAGAGAACGGCGCUUGGCCGUGUAGCGAGGAGAAGGGCGAGAGCAAUAUGUCGCGUGGCGACAGUGCACUCAGCACAACUACGCCGCGUCAAACAUUAUACUAGUACAUAUCAAAUCAAUGCACACGCCACUGUACAUGUUUGUGCCCUUCGC